AGUCGGCGGCCCAUGGGAGAUUUCGACACAUCAUCAUCGUCAACAACAAACCAAGACCAACAACCAAAUCCCGUCUCCGUCUCCGAUCUCUAUUUCCCGCGCCGCAUUAACACGUCUGACGACUACGCCGCAUCAGCUUCCAACAAACAUCUGAGAUGCAUCUCAAAGUGAAACCUCACACCGCCUCGGCUGCCUAGGAGUCAGAACGAAAUGCCCAACAGCUUCUGGGCAUCUAUCUCUUCGGCGGCUCAUCUCCGCUUGCCCGUCUCAUUCCGCCUUUGAUCGCCGACACACACCCGGCCGCCGUUCGACCUCCUCUCGGAUGCCACGGCAGCACCCGUGUAAUGUCUCCAGUAACCCCUCUCACUGGAUGCUUCAAUGUCAGCAUUGUGUUUGUGGUUGAUUACACUCCCUGCAGUCAUCGUCCUUUUUUCAACGGAGACUAACUCGGCCAUUGCUUUUCCGCACGCUGAACCUCACUCAAGUCGGAAUGUAACAUGCAAACGCAUGGAUGACUUCAAGACUUCAACCUCUGUUGAUUGCGCAGUUCUAUCAUAUGUACAGACACCGGCUUUGAAUUCAAAGCUCGCAAACGGCCGACUGCAUAUGCGAUUUGGUUGCCCCAAUCUCCAUACCAAAUGAAUGGACGGCAAGCGCCAUUACCCAAAAUGCCUUCAUGAAAAAUGCUUCAAAGAAAAGAAUGCUCUCAUUACAUACAAGUAGCCCGAAUCGAAACCAAGCAAGUGCAUCACGUUACCCAUUAUACCUUUUUUGAAAACCAAAACCACACUCUAGUCUUUACUUCAUAGCCAGAAGAGAGCAGUGGCAGCCACAAGUGCGGCAAAGGCGCUGGCGCCGAAAGAGGACUCGCGGCGGAAGCCCUUGCUCGUUGAGCCAGAGCUGCCACCGGAGCCGCUGCUGCAGUCUUGCGAGAAGCCACUCGUGCCGCAACCGCUGCUGCUGCCGGAACCGGAGCCCGAAGAGUCGCCGGAGCCGGAGCCGGAGCCGGAGCCGGAAGACCCAGAGCCGGAGGAGCUGCCACCGCU